AUGGGAGGUAAUUACAACUACACUAACUUUCGAGAUUGGAUGUACAAGAGGAUCGAUGAAGAAACGGGGAAUUUCUCGGAAGAGUUCACAACGGGAGUAGAGCAAUUCAUGGCAUUUGCAAACAGUCAGCCUCUAACACAGGAUAAUAAUGGUAAAUUCUUUUGUCCUUGCAGUGUUUGCAAGAAUGAGAAAUUUCUCCCGGGACAUCGAAUUUUGAAACAUAUAUAUAGUAAAGGGUUUAUGCUCGACUAUUAUGUGUGGUACAAGCAUGGAGAAGAACUCGAUAUGGCUUUAGGAACAAGUUAUGCUAAUCCGACGCAUUUAAGUGGUAGUGAAGAUCACAUUGGUAAUGCAGUAGAAGAUAGAUAUGUGGAAAUGGUGAAUGAUGCAUUUCGAGAUAAUGUGAGUUUUGAUAACUAUCAACAUGGUGAUAGUUAUCAAAAUGCAGUAGAUCCGGAAUGCAAUCACUCGAAGAAAUUCUACGACUUGUUAGAAGGAGCGAAAAAUCCUUUAUAUGAUGGUUGCCGAGAAGGUCACUCGCAAUUAUCAUUGGCUUCUAGGAUCAUGCAAAAUAAGGUGGAUUAUAAUUUGAGUGAAAAGUGCGUUGAUUCGGUAUGUGAAAUGUUGACAGACUAUUUACCAGCUGGAAACCAAUCAACCGGUUCACAUUACGAGACAGAAAGAUUGAUGCGCAAUUUGGGUCUCCCGUACUAUAAAAUUGAUGUGUGUGUUAACAAUUGUAUGAUCUUCUGGAAAGAGGAUGAAAGGUGGGAUAAGUGUCAGUUUUGUGAUGCACCAAGAUGGAAGCCUAGAAGCGAACGACGUAGAACCAAAGUGCCAUAUAGUCGUAUGUGGUAUCUACCUAUUGCUGACAGAUUGAAGAGAAUGUAUCAGAGCAAGAAGACAGCAGCAGCAAUGAGAUGGCAUGCAGAGCACCAAGCAAAGGAGGGUGAAAUGUCUCAUCCGUCAGAUGCAGCAGAGUGGAAACACUUUCAAGAUCAACAUCCCCGGUUUGCAGAGGAACCCCGUAAUGUUUAUCUCGGCUUAUCUACGGAUGGAUUCAAUCCAUUUGGGAUGUCUAAUAAUCAUUCGUUGUGGCCAGUGAUCUUGACUCCAUAUAAUCUACCUCCUGGUAUGUGCAUGAAUCCAGAGUACUUGUUUCUCACAAUUUUGAAUUCUGGGCCAAAUCACCCACGAGCUAGUCUAGAUAUCUUCCUCAAACCUCUAAUUGCGGAGUUAAAAGAGCUGUGGUCUACUGGAGUUGAAGCAUACGAUGUCUCUUUGAAUCAAAAUUUUAAUCUUAAGGCUGUGCUUCUUUGGACGAUAAGCGACUUUCCGGCAUAUGGGAUGCUAUCAGGAUGGACGACUCAUGGUAGGUUGUCUUGUCCAAUUUGUAUGGAAGAUACAAAGGCUUUUUAUCUGAAGAAUGGAAGGAAGACGUGUUGGUUUGAUUGUCAUCGAAGAUUUCUUCCUCGUGGCCAUCCAUUGAGGAAGAACAGAAAGGACUUCUUGAAGGGAAAACAUGCUAUGAAUGAAGUUCCACCUGAAUCUUUGAGUGGUGAGCAAGUUUAUUCUGAGCGGUUAAAAGGUGUCAAUCCACCAAAAACGUCCCAGUGCGGUGGAAAUGGUCACGAUAAGAAGAAACCCGGAUAUGGGAAGGAACAUAACUGGCACAAGGAAAGCAUAUUCUGGGAGUUGCCGUACUGGAGGGACCUAAAUCUUCGACAUAAUCUUGAUGUUAUGCAUAUUGAGAAGAAUUUUUUCGACAACAUCAUGAAUACUCUUAUGAGUGUGAAGGGUAAGUCGAAAGACACAAUCAAGUCAAGAUUGGAUAUAGAACUUCUCUGUGAUCGGCAACACUUACAUGUUGAUAGUCGUGGUCAAGCUCCUUUUCCUCCCUACACACUGGGAGAGAGCGCAAGAAAAAGUUUAUUGGAAUGUGUGAAAGUUGGGGUAAAAUUUCCAGACGGUUAUGCUUCCGACUUAGCUAACUGUGUUGAUAUAGAGAAGCGCAAGUUUUCAGGCAUGAAGAGUCAUGACUGCCAUGUGUUUAUGGAGAGGCUACUUCCAUUUAUAUGUGCAGAACUCCUAGACGAGAACGUCCAUCUUGCUUUAUCAGGUACAAAUUAA